AUGUUCAACGAGGCCAGGAGCAAAUGCUGGAGGUUCACAGGAAACAUUGGAUUUUCUAUUAUUGCCGCCAACAUUGGCGCCGACUGCUGGGGCAAAGCUCGUCCUCAACCACUGGAGAUUUCCAUCUACCUCCAUCUCCAACCUACCUUCCUCAACAAAGCCGGUCGAUCCGAUGAUGUAGUCGAUUCGGUGCACUACGGGCAUCUCACCAAGGCGGUCAGCAACCUCAUCCGAGUGAGAUCUUCUGAGCAGGGCGAUGGGGGUAACGACGGGUUCGAAGGUGUAGAGGGCCUGGCGAAUCAAAUCGCGGACGAGGCGUUCGCGCUGGCUGGAGACGUCGCUGAGGCGGUGAGGAUCGUAAUCAGCGCACCCAAACUCGUUCUGCUGGCGUCAAACUUUGUCGUGGACACCCUCAUUCCAAGGACUCGGCAAUCCUCCACCAGGACCGUCUCAAUCUUAGGCCUCACCCUACCAGUCAUCAUCGGCGUCAACCCCCCAGAACGGCUCGCAAAGCAAAACGUCGUCACGGACAUCAUCUUCUACGAAAACCCAGACUCGCCCGUUCCAUACGAGCAGUACAAGACCGUCCUGGGCAAAAUCACCGCGGAAAUGGAGACGUCCGAGUACCACACCUUGGAAAAGUUUGUAAUGAAGAUCGUACGAAGAGCCGUUCUCUACCUUCGAGACCUUUCCGUCACGUCCGUGCAAGCCGUAACAGCCAGGUCCCAAAAACCCAGCGCCCUCUCCUUCGCCCGCUUCUCUGGUGUCGAGAUUACUCGAAGGUUCAGUGACAUCGUCCCUCCUAGUCCAAAAUAACGCGAUGAAUGGGAAUUGGGGAUCUGUUAUAAAUACAUACAAUUGAAUGUUGUUCUCUAGGACGAGGCUUCAAUGAAUAGUACAAAUGUUAUUGGAA